AAUUAUAAUUUGGUUUCUCGAAAACAUGACUCCACUUCGUCUUGCAGAAGAGAGAUUCUGCAGAUGACUUCUCCUCUGCAUGUUUAGAUGCGAGUUUAAGGGUUUCCUCAAAUUAAUCAAUUUUUCUUUGUACAUGUGGGCGCUAGGUUCUGUUAGGUUUUAGUGGUUAAUGCCAUAAUUACAGACAAAAACAUUUAACAGGAAAUUCUCUUAUUAGCUGUUUCUGCGUCGCUUCUGCAGAACAAAUCCAUUUUACAUGCGAGCUAAUGGGGCUCUGUUCUCCACAAGCAUUCUUAACGAACCCCUAUGCAAUAUAGGAAACUACCGUCAAAAGACGAGAAAAUUUCCUGUGGGGAUUGGAACGAUCUGGCGAGCUGGAGUCGAUAGAGGUGAAGGCUUUCACGGCGCCAUCAAAUAACGCCGAGAUCCGCUAUCGAUCGAGCUCGUGUGCUGAGCUAGAAGGCCAGAAUCCGUCAAUUGACGAAGAUUUAGAGCAGGAGAAGAUGAAAUUGAGAAUGCGGCAGGAGACGAUGACGGAGAAGAUGUACAGGUUCAGGGGCGUGAUAUUUGUGGUCUCUGUUCCUCUUUUGCUGAUUUGUUUUGUGCUGUUGCUCAUGCCUAGAGUUCCUUCUGAAUUGAAUACUAUGAUGCAAGAGGAAUUUAUGGAUCAUCAUAGUGGUGGCAAAAAAGUAUCGUCCGGAUCCCAGCGUUUUGCGGUUGUUUUCGAUGCUGGCAGCUCUGGAAGCAGAGUCCAUGUCUACUGCUUUGAUCACAAUCUCGAGCUUAUGCCAAUUGGAAAGGACCUCGAAUUAUUCGAUCAAAAAAAGCCUGGUUUGAGUGCCUAUGCAGCAAAUCCAAAGGAGGCUGCAAAUUCUCUGAAAUCCCUUUUAGAGGCAGCUGAGGCAGUUGUGCCUGAAACACUGCUCAAGAGUACACCUGUUAGAGUUGGGGCAACAGCAGGUUUAAGACAAUUGCCUGGUGACUCUGCUGACAAAAUUCUACAAGAGGUGAAGGAUUUUUUGACUGACAAAAGCUCAUUGGAAUUUAAACCAGAGUGGGUUACUGUUUUAGAUGGAGCUCAAGAAGGAUCGUUUCAAUGGGUUACUAUAAACUACCUGCUAGGAAACAUAGGUAACGACUAUUCAGAUACAGUUGGAAUUGUUGACCUUGGAGGUGGUUCCGUUCAGAUGGCAUAUGCAGUCUCAGACGACGAUGUCAAAAAUGCACCAAAGCCCCCUAAAGGAGAAGAUUCAUAUAUAAAGGAAUUGACCCUCAAGGGUAAAAGAUACCAUCUUUAUGUUCAUAGCUAUUUACAUUACGGUCUGUUGGCAGCUCGUGUUGAAAUUCUGAAAGUCACAGGGAAUGGAAAUUCCCCUUGCAUUUUAAAGGGUUAUCAAGGUUCCUAUACUUAUGGUGGAUCCACAUACAAGGCAUCAGCAACAUCUACAGCUGAUUUCAAUGAAUGCCACAAGGUUGUUAUUGAUGCGCUAAAACAUGAUCAAGCAUGCACCCACAUGAAAUGUACCUUUGGAGGUGUCUGGAAUGGUGGUGGGGGGGAUGGACAGAAGAAUCUGUUCGUAGCAUCUUUUUUCUUUGAUAGGGCUGCAGAGGCUGGUUUUGUUGAUUCAAGUGCACCAGUGGCAAAGGUAAAACCUGAAGAUUUUAAGAAAGCAGCCAAAAAGGCUUGCAGUAGUAGUUAUGAAAAUGCGGGGAAAAAAUUCCCUAAUGUAGAUCCAAUUCAAUUGCCCUAUCUUUGUAUGGACCUCGCAUACCAGUAUGCUCUGCUCACUGAUGGAUUCGAUCUUAGUCCUGCACAUGAAAUUACUCUGGUGAAACAAGUGAAGUACAAGAAUUCCCUAGUUGAAGCUGCAUGGCCACUUGGUAGUGCUAUUGAACUUGUUUCCUGAUUGAUGUAUGGCAUUAUGCUCGAAUUACUCAGAGCAAUUAAAAGCACUCAUCAAGUUUCUAGCAAAACAUCCUUUCCCCCAAAUUUUGAGCUACACAAUGACAUUAUUACUGUGAUGUCAGUUUCCAUAUCAUAUUCAUUCAAAUCUUCCAUAUCAUAUUCAUUCAAAUCAAUAUGCCAAAGAUAGGUCUGAUACAUGACCAUUUCAGUCAUUCUUCUAACAAUUUGUACUAGCUGGUUAGCAAGAUUGAGCCCUACCAAACAAUUCGAUAAACCUCAUGUAUUUUCUAAUCUAUUUAAUUCCAAAGCUUGCAAGGCAUAAAGCUUGUCUUCGGUAUUGUGCAACA